CAGUAAAUACUCCCCAAAUCCUCUCUUUUGGUUCUCGUCCCCUUCCCCUCUCCUUCCCCCGCAAGCUUCCCCAUCGUACCCCCGACCCCUCCUCCAUCUCCCCCUCCGGCCGCCGCAAUGCCGGUCUACCGCAUCCGCGGCGUGGACGUCGACUUCCCCUACGAUGCCUACGAUUGCCAGAUCACCUACAUGGACCGCGUCCUCCAGUCACUGCAACAGGGUAAUAACGCGCUGCUCGAGAGCCCGACGGGGACGGGGAAGACGCUCUGCCUGCUCUGCUCCGCGCUCGCUUGGCGGCGCACCUUCGGGGAGUUUCUGCGGGGCGGUGGCGGAGGUGGGGGCGGGGGAGGCAGCCAGCCAUCAGGGAGCCAGCAGUCUGGGGCUUCCGCGACCCAGUCAUCGUCGUACCCCGUGAUUAUCUAUGCCUCCCGGACGCAUAGCCAGCUUCGGCAGGUGAUCAAGGAGCUCAAGGCCACCAGCUACAGGCCGAAAAUGGCAGUGCUGGGCUCCCGUGAGCAGAUGUGCAUCCAUGAAGAAGUGAGCAAACUCCGGGGAAAAGCACAGAACAAUGGUUGCCACUACCUCUGCAAGAAGCGCUUGUGCCGUCAUAACAACAUUGUCACUGAUUACAUGAAAAACAACACCGAGCUUGGGAGUGAGCCUUUUGACAUUGAAGACUUGGUUAAUAUUGGGAGAACCAAGGGACCUUGCCCAUAUUACAUUUCCCGGGAGCUUUCCAAGUCGGUUGAUAUUUUAUUUGCUCCUUAUAACUAUCUCAUUGAUCCGGGAAAUCGGCGUUCCUUAACUGGCAUAUCAUGGAACAAUGCAGUACUUAUAUUUGAUGAAGCACACAAUCUGGAGAGUAUAUGUGCAGAUGCUGCCUCUUUUGACUUGCUUACCAGCAACCUCACUUCUUGCAUCACGGAAGCUCAAGAAUGCAUCCAAUUGUGUUCAUUCAAGAGGUCCAUUGAAAAUUCUGCUGAAAAACAAUUUGACCCAGAAAACUAUGCUAUCCUCAAAGCUCUUUUAAUGGCACUUGAAAAAAAAAUCGGUGAGCUUGUAAUUGAUUCCAAGGAGCUGGGUUACACAAAGCCUGGGAGUUACAUAUACGAGUUCCUCUCUGAACUGAAUAUUACGUCUGAAACAUCCAAAAAGCUUAUUGAGACUAUCGAUAGUGCUUCUCUACUGCUCGAGGAAGGAAAUUCUGGUGAAACUAAAGCUGGUGUUAAGGCAAAAUCUACUGUGUCUAGAUUGGAAACAAUUAGAGAUAUGCUUGACAUAAUAUUUAAGGGUGGUGGUCAAAACCAUGCGAAGUAUUAUAGUUUUCAUGUGAAUGAAUCAUCUCGACAGACAUCUGGUGACUCAUUGCAAGUUUUCGGUAAGGCUUCAAGGACUCUUAGUUGGUGGUGUUUUAACCCAGGGCUGGCUAUGGAGGAAUUUCUGAAGUUGGGUGUACGCUCCAUUAUUUUAACUUCUGGAACUUUAUCUCCCUUAGACUCGCUUGCCAUGGAAUUAAACCUUGAGUUCCCUGUCAGGCUAGAGAAUCCUCAUGUCAUUUCUCAAGAUCAAAUCUGGGUUGGAGUUGUGCCUGUGGGGCCAUCAGGACACCCACUUAAUUCUUCUUAUCGGACACGUGAGACUGUAAAAUACAAACAAGAAUUGGGCACUGUUAUAGUUAAUUUUGCCCGUAUUGUGCCAGAUGGUCUCCUUGUUUUCUUUCCUUCAUAUUCUAUGAUGGACAAGUGUAUCGACUACUGGAAAAAUAGGAACCAUGAACAUUCAGUGGAUGAUAGCACAAUAUGGCAGAGAAUGUGCAAGCAUAAGCAGCCAGUUAUAGAGCCUAGGCAGUCUUCAAACUUCCCAAAUGCAAUUGAGGAUUAUGCGGCCAAAUUACGCGAUCCCUCUACUUCUGGGGCAAUUUUUUUCGCAGUUUGUCGCGGCAAAGUUAGUGAGGGUCUUGAUUUUGCUGACCGUGCUGGGAGAGCUGUAAUAGUUACUGGAAUGCCCUUCUCCACCCCGACUGAUCCUAAGGUUCGGCUCAAGCGUGAGUAUUUGGAUAAGCAGGCUAAACCAUCUAACAAAAACCCAAAGGCUUUGACAGGAGAGGAGUGGUAUGUACAACAAGCAGCAAGGGCUGUCAAUCAGGCUGUUGGACGCGUCAUCAGACAUCGCCAUGACUAUGGAGCAAUUAUUUACUGUGACGAAAGGUUUGUGUGGCCAAAUUACCAAUCCCAGAUGUCCUACUGGCUCAAACCUUAUAUAAAGUGCUACUCUAAGUAUGGGGAAGUAGUUCAAACAUUGACAAGAUUUUUCCGGGAUAAAGUUUGUGUAGACCCAAAAGAGAUGGACUCUAAUGAUAGCGUUACACCGCCUGCAGACAAAUGUCUGCCGCAGGAGAUUCUAUCUGACUCGCCUGCCACAGCAGUAAAUGAGCACCAGGGAACUACAGUAUCAUUGAAUGCAACCACCAGAAAAAACAACUAUAUGAAGUUUACCCAGAUCACUCCUGCCAAUCGCACUACCCUUCCUAUGAAACAUGGCUGUUCCACUUCUUCACAGCUCACAUCCUCAAGGGGCCAAUUUUCUCAGGAUUCUCAGGUUGUUGAUUUGAUCGAUAAUGCGACCAUGCAUGGACAAUUGAAGGAACAUACCUUAAAGUCUAUGAGGCUUAAGAAGGCUAAAAUAGCAGAUGUCUCUUCACAAUUGAAACAUAAUGUUGAGUCGAGAGCUUUGACUGGAAACCGAGGUCAACAAUCUACACCUCCAUCAAAAAGAAGUACCAUUGAACAAGCAUGUGAAAAGAAUGAGGCUAUUCAAGAAAGAUGUGGAGGCCAGGAAUCUACUACUGGACCGGCCUUCUUGAAGCUGGCUCGAGAAAAGCUCAGUACUGCAGAGUAUGGAGAGUUUGUUGAAUUUAUGAAGGCCUUAAAAUUGAAAACCAUGCACAUCAAAGACUCACUAGAAGCAAUAGCGAAACUGUUUUCUUCUCCAGGGCGACUCACACUUCUUGAAGGGUUCAGGGUCUUCGUUUCUAAGAAUCAUCUUCCAUUAUAUGAGCAGCUUGUUCGAAAAUAUACCAUGGCUAAUACAUAAUGACAUCAUCUGUUGCACAUAUUUAAAGAUGAAAUGUGGAAAAACCUCAAGCAGCAAGCCCAAAGAAUUCCACUGAAUUCAUGCAAUUAACUGAUGGAUCUGUUGAAGAAGUGGUUCAUCCCAAUCAGUGCAUUGCACAUGUUGUGGAGUAUGUGUAGGGAUCUUCAACUGUAAAUUAAACAAUGUAAUUAUCCUGUAUUAUGUUUCUGGAAAUAGGUUUAAUAACGCAUUCUCGGCACUUUGGUUCUGGUACAUUUAGUUUAAUGAGCAUUCCCAGGUUUUCAGCAAUGGGCUUAGCUUAUGGUUGUUGUGUUGAA